UAGAGGGGAAGCUUCCGGACUACGUUUAGUUCACCGCUACUAUCGUCGGAAGAGAGAGAGAGAGAGGGAGAGGGAGAGAGAGAGAGAGAGAGGAGAGCAUUUCGUCGAGCAUGUCGGACAGCGGCGUCGUGAUGGUCUACGGCAACGGCGCGGCCCUGACGGAGCCGAAGAAGUCGUCCACCUUCUCCGUGAAGGUGGGGCUGGCGCAGAUGCUGCGUGGCGGGGUCAUCAUGGACGUGGUCACGCCCGAGCAGGCCCGCGUUGUCGAGGAGGCAGGCGCCUGUGCCGUCAUGGCGCUCGAGCGUGUCCCUGCGGACAUCCGUGCCCAAGGCGGUGUCAUCCCCUGGGCGGUGCCAUCGUCGGCCAGGAAUUCUGGGUCCGAAUGGGCUGAUCCAUUCGGCCCAAUUUGGGUCUAUCAAGGGCCUAAUUGCUCCCAGAUUAAGUUAAUGGGAUCACCUCCCAUUUCUAACUUAAUCUACAUGCUAACUAUGAUAUUUCUUAAGACAUUUACGGUAACUUGUUCCGGUGUGUCAAUCGCUUCUUCCGGUAAGCUUCCGACGAACUUCCGGCGAACAUUCGACGAACCUUCGGCGAUGCUCCUGCGUACUUCCGACAAACUCCUAGACUUGCGACGAUCCUCUUGGCGAGUUCCGACGAGCUUCUUUGGCAAGCUCCUGGACUUCUCGGAUUCGUUCCCAUAGAACCUCCGACGACCGUCCGGACUUCCGUCGAACUCUCGA